AUUUGAGACCCUGAACCUAAUUGUUUACAAAAUUCCUAUGGAGGAAGCUUGAUUUUGGAGCUGUUCGAGAACUGACCUAUCCCUGCAAAGUCCUGCAAGUGGUGUGAACCACAGCUUCUCAUAACCUUCAUCCAUUACAUCGCCAGAAUUGGUGUUCUCGCAGUUAUUGAAAUGGAAGAUUCAAUUGAACUGAUCCUUCAGGACUUCACUGGGGGUUUUCCCACCAACAGAUCACACCCCAUUGUAUCUGCCUGUACUGGCGCUUUGCUCACAGGCCUGUAUGGAUUAUGGAGCGUCUUCACCAUGCCUGGCUUUCGCAAAAUCCCAUGGAGCCUUAAGGUUCCUUAUUUGCCCUCCAGUAAAGCUCAGACACAAAAUGUUAUGAAGCUGCUUGAGGGGAGAAGAGGUCGCCUAGCAGAUUUGGGAGCUGGAGAUGGAAGAUUGGUAUUUGCAGCCUCCUCUGCUGGUUUUCAGUGCACAGGGUUUGAGAUCAAUUCAAUUUUAGUGGCGUAUGCGAGGAGCAAGGCCCGCUUGAGAGGAAUCCCCUUAACCCAGGCAACCUUUGUGAAAAACGACUUCUGGAAGACGGAUCUGUCUUCAUACAACAAUGUGACAGCUUUCCUUGCUCCAGGAGUGAUGGAGCUGCUGGGAGAGAAGCUGCUGAAAGAGCUUCCUCAGGAUGCGCUGGUCAUUUCUUGCCGUUUUCCUUUCCCCAACUGGCCUCAGAAAUCAGCUGUUGGCUUUGGACUAGAACAGACCUUUGCUUAUGAUAUCAGUACUGUGCGCUCCCACUUGAAAAUCUCACAGAAGACUGUCAUGAAAUAAGUCUCAGUCUCUUUUCAGCCCUGAACUAAAUCAUCUUUGCCCAACUGUUUUCUGAAAGAGGAAUGAAGAACCCUGAAUAAUGAUGCUUUAAAGAGUGUGAGAUGUGACCUAACAUAAGGAUGUCUGUAAUGAUGAGAGCACAUACAGCUAUUCGGUAUUUGCACUUUCAUAAUAUAUAUCUGUUAAGUAUUUAUAAGAACUAUUAAUUAUGAUAUUAACACUACAAAAAUAUUGAUUUAAAAAUGCAAAAUUUGAUAAUAAUGUUUAAUUUAUAAUUGCCUUCUAAGUCACAAAUACAACUGUACAUUAAAUUGAAUGAAAACAAAUUAAGUGCAAUAAAAUACAGAGUAUAAUUACUUGAA